UUACAUUUAUAAGACGCCGCCAAAGGAGAAACAAAAUUCCAGUUCAAACUGAAUUUUUUCCUCAAAGAAUAUGCCAUGAAAGAAUUACAUACCAUGAACUUUCACGAGCAACCAAUAUGUUUAGUGAAAGCAACUUGCUUGGCACAGGGAGUUUCAGUUUAGUUUAUAAAGGAAUGCUUCCUGGAAGGACAAUUUUUGCUACGAAGGUGUUCAAAUUGGAACUAGAUGGCGCGUUCAAAAGUUUUGAAACAGAAUGUGAAAUAUUGCGCAACAUUCGUCACCGAAAUCUCACCAAAGUCAUUAGCAGUUGCUCAACCCGUGAUUUUAAAGCCCUAGUGCUUGAGUACAUGCCUAAUGGCACUCUGGAAAAAUGGUUGUAUUCUCACGACUAUUUCCUAGAUAUGUUGCAGAGGCUGGACAUAAUGAUAGAUGUGGCUUGUGCCUUGGAGUAUCUUCACCAUGGUUAUUCAGUGCCUGUGGCUCAUUGUGAUUUGAAACCAAGCAAUGUGUUACUAGAUGAUGAUAUGGUUGCACAUGUGAGUGAUUUCGGCAUUGCAAAGUUGUUAGGUAUGGGGGAGAGCAUUACACAAACAAGGACAAUAGCAACAUUUGGAUAUAUUGCACCAGAGUAUGGACUGGAAGGAUUAGUCUCGACAAAAUGUGAUGUUUACAGUUAUGGCAUCAUGUUGAUGGAAACAUUUACAAGAUCAAAGCCCAUUGAUGCAAGAUUUGAUGGAGAUCUGAGUUUGAAGUGUUGGGUGGCUAAUGCAUUGCCUAAUGCGAUAGUUCAAGUUCUAGAUGCCAACUUGCUCAGACAAAACAUUGAACACAACAAUGCAAAGGUGCAAUGUGUGUCAUCUCUUAUGCAAUUGGCUUUGAAUUGCUCUGAAGACUCACCUGAGGAGAGGAUGAUCAUGAAGGAUGUUCUAGUAGCAAUCAAGAAUAUCAGACUUCGGUAUGUUGAAAAUUGUAAACAAACUUAUGAGGAAAGCAUCUCUUCCACAUUAUUAUGCUUGUGAUUUUCAAAAUUAAUAAGGGCAUCCUUGGAUGUUGAUUUAACUUCAAUGUUAUUUAUAUAUUUAUAUACAUAUGUAUAGUCCUAAACUUUAAUCAAAUUAUUGGGCUUGCUUUAUUGAGAUCAUAAUCAUAGUUAA